UCUUUCGAACGGCGAGGCGUUUGGACGCGCACGCGGAUUACCAGUCGUUGGAAAUAUCAAUGAAAAGUAAUUGAAAAUCGUGUCUCGAAAUCACCCACGCCGGGAGCUUCUUUUUGACUUCAGGCAGCUGCCGCCAAAAAAAUAUAUUUAAAAUAAAAACAAAGUCGGCGACGCGCGCCUUUCGUACCCAUCGAGUUUAACAUGAGCAACUGAGUCCCAACGAAACGAAGAGGAAAUCGACGAGGAAGAACGAAACCCCCGAAAGGUGGCUUAAUUACUGAGAUUUUAUACAGAUAGUUUGUAGUAACCCGAAUCGAGGCAAUGGGUUUUAUAGCCGAGCGCAAGCCGCGUGUCAACAAGACGUUGAUAUCGCUGAAGUUUGUGGUAUUCUUUGUCAUUACCGGUCUCACAGCUUUGCAUGUGCUGCAUGCCACAAAGCCCCUGCUUCUGGGCCUGAACUUCUCGGAAUACCGCACCAUUACCAUUUUGGCGCCAUUUGUGUCCAUUUUGGGUCCUUUGAUCGCUGGUCCUUGGGCUGAUCGUUUGGCUGCCAAAAAUCCGAACACAUUUGGAAGGACUCUGCGUGUCUUGACAGCCGUGUUCCUGCUGAUCUCUGCCUUUAUCUACGCUUUCCUGUUUGCUGUACCAGAAGUUACUAGGCGUGGGGAGAUCCGUGAGCCACUGGUCAGCUUUGGCUGCGAUGAAACUGGAGGAUUUUUGUUCCAAGAGCGUUGUGGCUCAAACUCUAGUUGCAGCCGGUGGGAUCAGAAGGAGGGCAAGAUCAACCUGACGCGUUGCACCUACAGUUGCCAGAAUCCCAAGCUCUACGAACCGCUCUAUGUGGCUUGGUUAGCAGAGGUUCCUACACCAGCGCCUUCUACAGAGCAGAGUUCAGAGUUCGAUUAUGAGGAUGAGGCCAGUACUGCGGUCACAGAAAGUCUGCGCACCAGGAGGGACUUGGAGAGCUCUGAUGUAGCUGAUAGUGCAGGUGUGGAGGCCAUCAGUGGUGAGGCCCCUGUCCACCGAUCCAUCAGACAGGUCAAGAAGCCCCCCACCAAGGUCUACGUUCAGCCGCCGCAUGUCUGCCUGACUCAGCGCAACCAGGAUGGUGAGGAUGUGGUGAAGCACUGUCAUGCCUACACUGAAGACACCACCAGCGUGGUGAUGGAUGCUCUUAUGGGUUCAGCUAUCAGUCAGGAGGAGCACUAUGAUGACUAUGAGGGAUGGUGCCAGUAUCCACUGGAGGGCUUCCAGUGCCACAUUCCCGCUGAGCAGGUGACUUACAUGAAGGACUUCAAGCAGUACAUGCAAAACGACAGCAACUGCAAGCCCAUGAUUGAGUGUCAGGUGGUGAAUCCCUACCAUGAGAAGAGUGUGCUCUCAGACAGCGAGUGUACCAAUACCACUGGCAGUGUUCAGGAAACCCUUGUGGGUUAUACCACCAUUCGACUGAUUGGAGACAUUUUCCCCAUGGCUGCACUUACUCUCCUCAACACCGCAAUUGUGAUCGCUGUGCGUGAAACCUCAGAGGGCAGGGGAGAGGUGUGCCGCCAAUAUGUUUGGGGUGCCAUUGGCUAUGUGGUGCUCUUCUCGCCACUGGAUCUGUUCUUCUUCCAAAACGAACCCAACCAUGAUGCUGCCCUGGUUGCUCUUAUCAUCUUCAUCGUAAGCUUCGUUUUGGGUGCCGUAGUGCUGCUCUGUGCCUCUCAGAUGCCUCUUAGUCCACCGGAGUGGUGGUGGCACACGAAGACCGGAAUGCUGGUGGUUCCCAUGUCAGCCAUUCGUCGUUACAGUCCCGAGAUCUUUGUGCUCACAUUGGUAUCCAUUCUGUUCGGCACCUUCUGGAGCAGCAUUCAUAGCUACCUCCGUUGGACCUUCAUUGAUGCGAAUGCCGUGUGCUAUUCGGGUCUGAUCCUCAUCCUGGUUCUGUUCUUCAAUGUGGACAAGUUCAUCGAGUACUGUGGUCACUCGAAUAUCUUCAUCGGUGGUUUGGCCAUCUUUGUGAUUAGAUUUACCGCCUUGAGUGAUGCCCAGACUGAGUGGUUGACUGUCAUCAUGGAGACCAUUGAGCCGGCUGUUAUUGGUUUGAUUUGGAUCACGAUCAUUUUGUAUAUGCGACAUGCCAUGCCAAGGAAACUGACUGCUACUGGACAGGCAAUUGCUGUCUUGGCCUUCUUUGGAUUGGGCAAAGGCUUUGGCGCUCUGAUUGGAUUGGCUCGCGAUGAGAGGAACCCCAAACUGGAGGCCUGGUCCUGCACCUACCAAUGGCUGGCAAUCGUAGCUUGCGUGGUGGCUUUGGUUUACUUUGGAAUCUACAAUCUAAUCCUUGCUCCACGCUGCACUGCCAAGCCGCAGCACUCCGAGGAGUUGAUCUCUGGAUCGGCUUCCCAGAACUUUGGCAAUACAGGAACCGGAAACGGUGCUGGCAAUGGAACUGGAAACGGAAAUGGAGCUGGAGCGUCACUGAAUGGAAACGGAAAUGGUAGCUACUCGCCACUGAGGGUUUACCACAACGAGAGGGGGAAGAAGGGACAGUUUAGGUACUAGGAUGUAGGUGGGAAAUCCAGAGAUUAAUGGAUAAUUUACUCUUUGCAUGGAUCACUAAUGCUCCGCAGCUCUUUCUCUCAAAAAUCGAGUGCGAAUGAUAUUCUUAGGUUUUAAAUGUGUACACCACGCCUCAUCCUCCGCCACCAACCGCCCCCGCCCGCUUGAAGGCAACACUGCUAAUAGUUUGUAAUGCGUAUUUUUGCUAAGUGUAUACACCAGAAGGAGGAACAACAAAAAAAAAGAGAGGAAAAAACAAAAUCAAAAAGAAAAACAAGAACUUUUUUUAUAUAAAUCGCAUGUAGAAUUUAUUUUAUUUGUUAUUUAAUGCCAACUAAGCGAGUUCAUAAUUUUAAUUAAAUCGCAAUGGGGAAGCUGACAACAAUGGAAGAAAAAAAAAACAAUGAAAACAACAAAAAGCCCAACAAAAUCAUCAUUUGGCCGAAUUUAAUUGCAACAAUAGCCAUGGAUAGAGCAAAAGCAAUAACGACUUCCCCGGGACAGCACGUCGUUCUCUUUACAACGUUACAAAAAUGAAGGCAUCAAUUUUUAAUGAAACAUUUGCGUGAUUUUACUAAGCAUAAUAUAUAUGAUGAUGCACUAUAAGCAUAUAAAUGUAACAAUAAAACAGAAAAUGUAAUUAUACAAAAAUAUAA